AUGGUGAAGCUUAUGAUGCUAGAAAAGAAAGCGUCGCAAGCGAAUGCUGUUAUUGAAACGAAGGAACAAGAGCUAAAUGCCAAGAACGAGACAAUCAAGCGACUGGAGCUACGACUGAAGGAUGCCCGACGUGAACUUCGCAAUCUUGAACUCCAGCACGAUGAGCAGCUGUCCGAAUUGCGACAGCGUUUGACAGCAGAUGUGAGUGAACGCGCACUGCAUUUAACGAGGACCCAACAAUCCCUGACGGCAAACGCUGCUAAUGCAGCCGCAGAGGAGGAGCUUGCAAAAAUGCGUCAACAGCUUGACAAGAAGUCGAAAAAGAUCGAGAGGCUAACGGAUACUGUGAAGAAACAGCUGGAAAUAAAGAAAAUUAUAGAGAAAAAGCUUGAGAAAGCUAUUGCUCAGGCCCGUGACGCGCAGGGGAGCGCUGAAGCACUUGAAAAGGAUUAUGAAACACAAGUAAAACUACUCAAAGAAACUAUUCAAUCGAGGAAUGACGAAAUCGCCAGAAUGAAUAGCAAUAGUUUUCUUUAUUGCAAAUUACGACUCGUCUCUAAUGGGAAGUUCGAGAGUCGGACAAACAAGCGGGAGAUCAAAAACAGCUGCGUAAUAUGGAAUGAACCCUUUGAGUUUGAAAUCAAUAUGAAAGAAGUGCCUUCACCGGCCAGUCUCCAGAAGAUAAUGGUCAGGAUUUCUGUGAGGCAGGACCUGCCAGGCUCGAAGGAUGAAGUUAAACUUGGUUACGUAGAUUUCAACCUGUCAAAAUUCUUCAAAACAGAGCAGGUUCUUCGAAGCUUUUUGCACGGAUACGAAAAGUCAUCUGUUCGCUGCGACAACUCCAUUCUCCUCGUAUCUGGUUUAAUCGAGCCUAUUAUCGCAAACGGCAAAAGCAUAGAGCCCGUUGCAAUUAUUGAAGCUGACAGUAUUUCAAAGGAGGUCGAAGUUCCCCUAGGAAAAUCUGCCUCAAAGCCUACUCAUUCCCGUACGUCUUCAGGGGCGUCUGGAUACUCCUCGUCGAACAACUCCCUCAAUCGGCCUGAUCCGAUGAGAUCAAACGGCCACAAUAGAAUACCCAGCCUUGAUACGGGCACAGACACCUUCGACGACGGUAAUUUAGACGACAACGCAGCUAUAGUCGAGUCUAUCUUCGAAAAUAUGCGAUCAACAUCAAGAUGA